UCGUGGCGCACCUGGUGCGGCAGCACGGGGACCGCUUCGGGCUCGAGGGGGACGGCGCCAGCAGGGUGCUACACAGCCGCGCGGAGGGGCGCUCGUGGAGGCUGGCCGACUUCGAGGCCAGCCCCCUGCUACUCGCCGCGCAGCUCGUGCAGGAGGACGUGUGCCUCAUGCGCGAAGUCCGCGCCGAGGGUGGAGACGGUACCCGCCACGUCUUCACGUCCGGGUUCGUGAUGGAGUCGUUCGAUCCGACCUCGAAGCAGGGCUUGCCCAUGCUGCAACUGCACGACCCAGUGCCGCAGUACGCCCCAGACCUGGGCGCGAGCAUGGAGCGCGUGUUCUCGACGCUGAAGAGGCCGCUGUGGCGUGCGAACUUCUCCUUCUACGAGUGGAGCUACGAAGACGACGAAGGAGGCGCCGCCGCUGCUGUGGGCAUCGGGGAAAGGAUCUACGUCAAGGUAGAGUACGAGACGCUGCUGCGUCUGCCCGAGCACCCCGACCACCUUGUUUUCACCAUCCGUGCGCACAUGGACUCGCUCGACGAUUUCGCCGCGGCGCCCCGCGCGUGCGCGGCACUAGCAGGGCAGAUCAGGGCGAUGCCAGAUGCGCUGCUGGAGUACAAGGGCCUCGACAGCAGCGACAAGCAAAGCGCCGUGCUCGCCUUCCUGGACGCUGCGGCCGCGCCACUAGCUCACAAGGCUGAAAAGUUGGCAGCACAAGCAGGUAAGCCUGAGCAAGAUCCAAAGCCAAAGAAGGUGGCGGAGAAGCCAGCGGCAAAGCCAGAGGCAGAACCAGAACUGCCCAAACCACUGGGCUGCUUGCAGGCGUUGCCAGAGACCGCCAGGGAGACCGACACGGCGACCGCGCUGACCGAGCCGGUCUAUUUUGUGGACACGUACAUGUUCGAGCUUGCUGGUUGCAAGCUUCUGGAGGCGGUAGUAGCGCCAGAAGCACCCAAGGGUGCACCAGAGGGGCACGUCAAGCUGCAGAUCGUGCUGGACCGCACUGUGUUCCAUCCGCAGGGCGGUGGCCAGCCCACCGACGUGGGCGAGCUUUCUGCCCCAAGCCUGCCAACCCUGAGGGUAUCUUUCGUCUCGAUGCGGAGAGAGGACGGCGGCAUCCUCCACGACUGCGUCGUGGCUCAGGCAGACGCAGAUGCGUGGAUCGGGGCCUCAAAAGCAGACGGCAGCGAUCCUCAGAUCUUGUGCAGGGUCGACGCCCAGACGCGCAGGACCAACGCGAGAGUCCACUCUGCGGGCCACCUCCUGGACGUGGCAGUGCAGAGCCUGGACCUCAAAUGGACACCCGGGAAAGGCUACCAUUUCGCAGACGGCCCAUACGUCGAGUACGUGUUGGGCGCAGACUCUAGGAAGGUCGAUCCGAAGAAGCCGGGCGACAAGGAGAAGCUCACCGCCGACCUGCAGGCCGCCAUCGACGAGCUCGUGAGAGCCGGUGGCGCGGUGACGAUCGCUCAGAAGGCGGGCGUGAGGACCGUAGCGAUCGGUGGCCUGGAGUGCCCGUGCGGAGGCACUCACGUCAGGGACUCCAGCGAGCUCGGCAAAGUCAUAGUCAAGAAGCUGAAGGCCAAGAAGGGCAACAUGCGCUUGUCCUACAGCGUGCAGUAGAAGAUAUGGCCCGACCACCACGCGUAGUUCUGUCUGGUUCCUCUCUGGCCGUCAAUUCCAGGAGACUUUCCGAUCAGAGGAGUUCAAAGCGCACCACUGUGUUCUACUUGGCGCUGGUGAUUGGACCUGCACGCAGCGCCGACAAACUAGCCUCCAGAAGGGGCGCCCAACGCAUUGUCAAUGCAUGAUCACCCGCAGUAGCUGUACGAAGCGCGGGAGCCGCA